AAGCAAAUAUGACCAAGGCAUUACAUAGCGAUUUGUUAGCAUUUAAGACACUUCUAAAAUCACCAUUGCAAGAUAACUAAAACCAAACGGUGUUGCUGCUUCGAAUGGUGGCUUAAUGUAACUUAUAGAAGAGGAUGGCUAAAAUAGGUUUUACGAGUUCCUGAAAAUAUGUUUAUUGUAUCAUUGGCUGCUGCUGAUAUAUUAGUGGCUGGAUGUGUGCUGCCUCUUAACAUAGCAGGUGUAGUGCAAGGGGAGUUGUAUUAUUACCACAGAUGGAGAUUAUGUGAAUUUCUAGGAACAGUUUGUUUCUCAGCUUGCUCAUGUGCAUUUUGGUGUAUAACUGGGCUAGCAGUAAACCGGAUGAUAUUAGUUUGCUCUCCAAAGCAAUACAAGCGCAUUUUUACUUGGAGAACCACGCCAAUCUUUUCAUUUAUACCCUGGUGUAUUGCCCUACUCACUGUGCUACCAAUGUUUAUAUGGUGGGGUGGGAUGGAAUUUGACCCAGAGACCAUGUUUUGCCUAUCCGACCUAGAUAAUAUGCAACCUAAUAUGUUCCUUGCUGCAGUUAUGUCUUUGUCUGUCAUUCUUUCUUUCAUGUCUAUCAUCGUUGCACAGUUCAGAAUAAAAGCAAAGAGACGGCAGUUGACCGCGAUAGCUCCCAAUAUAUCAUUAAUGAAUGUUAUUGGGAGUGAUAGGAAAGGAAAAGAAAAAAAUGACAAUACGGACGACAUAACAGAAGGACUCCGACAGGAACAUGAUGAUAUAGCAAUGAGUGGACGGUUGCUAGCGGCCAUUUUCCUCUCCUCGUUUAUAUGGUCACCUGCCUUAGUUGCCUUUGUGACACAUCAUAUCAUGAAUUAUGGGAGGGAUUUUUGGGCGUUUGCUUCUUUACUUGGUCACAUGCAGCCGGGAUUAGAUUGUUUGUGUUACGUCAUUAUCAGCAAGUAUUUUAGGAGGGGCUAUAAGAACGCUAUACGUUUGAUUUUCUGUUGCAAAAAGAGACAGAGGUAUGCUACAGUUGCUAAUGCUUAAAUGGUGCAAGUGUACGAGAUCUUAACUCGAUCCAUGAACCAGAUUGGAUUCAAUACAAAGAUUGAAUUCGAACUGCUUGUAAUAUCAGUUUCUGUGGCUUAAGGAUGUCCACCGGGGGUUCUUCUGACCGACCAAAGUUGAAAAUGAUGAGCUCUUACCCUUAAUUUUUCAUCACAGAAUGUAAAGUAUAUACUAGUAUACAGGAGCAUGACUGGAUGUUUCAGUGAGUUUAAGCAAAGGUUAAAUACUCCAAAGUGUGUUUUGGGGUGAAGAUCUGAUUUUUGUCUGUGAUCAAAUGGGAAAGUGUCAUGCCCACUUUUGCUCAGAAAAACGCACUGUACUAACAUAUAUGGUUUUAAAAGUUGUAAUAUUAUGUGUUGCCC